GAGAUGGUGGCUGUGUUGUCCGAGAGCGGCCGCGGCCCCCGCAACCUUGCGGGCCCGCCGGGCUUCUGGGGAGAGGCCCCGGGCGGCGCCCCGUCCCCCUUCGACGCGCCGCCAACGGAGUGGCGCGGGGCCGGGCCAGCCGCCAGCGCAAGUGGCGACUUGUUCCUCGGCGAGGUGGUGGCCGCGGCGGCCCAGCAGGACACCAAGGCCCUCGAGAAUCUCACCUCCCACUGGGACCCGACGGACCAGCUCCGCACCUUAGUGAAGCAGUCCAAGCAGGGAGAGCCGCUGCGCUCCCUGGAGCCGGACGAGGCUGCCCUCCGCGCGGCCGCGUCGGCCCGCAAGGCCGGGCGCUUCCUGGCUUACCCAGAGCAAGGCCGACGACGCCUGCCGUUUGCAGCGUCCGGUGGCGCAGACGUUCUGCCGCGAACUCCCUCGCCUCUGGGCCGCCGCCCUAGCAGGGUGUCGUGGGGGGACGUGCUCAAUUACGUCGGACAGGUGGCCGCCGCCGUCAACGACAAGGCCGUGCCGCAGCACGUCGCCGAGCAGGCUGCCGCCUUCUACUCUUCUCGGGUGCUGUUCGAGGCUUACUCGAGCAGCAAACGGAGGGAGGGCGACGAGGAGGGCCGGGGCAACGCCAGCUCCGUCCUCGGCGAGCUCGACUGGAGCCGCCUCGCCCGCUGCCAGACGGAGGUCAAGCAGGCCGGCGCCGCCGCGCCCGCCGCGUCCGCGGCCGCUUGCCAGGGCGGCCUGGCGUUUCCGUGCCGGCGCUUCCUCUUCGGGCAGUGCCCCAAGCAGGAGGCCUGCCAGUUUCGCCACGGGUGCCCUCUCUGCCGCGCCACAGGCCCGGGCUCGCGCAAGUGCCUAGCGGGCCACCUCGAGCAGAACGACUUCUCGCGCAGGGGCGGCAGCGGCGGCAAGGGCGGACCCAAGGACUGGCCGAGGGGCCGCAGCCGGACGCCGCCGGCGCGCGGCCGCGACGGCCAUGCGAUGAGGGGCGCGUCCGGAGGCGAGGGCGAAGCCUUCACCGUUGCCCGCGGUUGGGUCGCCGACUCCACAGUGGCCGUUCACCCGCGGGGCGCCGUCACCACGGUGCCUUCGCGGGGACUGCCGCCCGCGCAGCACCUGCGGGUGGCCCUGCAGUUGGCCGCCGCAGGAAACCACCCGCUUAAUCAGCUCCCGGUGAUAGCAGAGAGCACGGCGUGCGCGCUGUCAGCGCAAUUUCGUUUCGGCGCAGGCAUCGACGAGGUGCGCCUGAAACGGUUGGCCUUGUUAAAAGUGUGGAAGCGGGAACUUGAGGUCAGCCAGCAAAGCCUGGCCGCCUCGGUGGACCCUGCCCUCCGGGGGCUCGCUAGCAAGCCCACCCUUCUCUUCCUCCGCCUCCUGCGCCUCAUCGGGUCCCCGGCGGUGCAGUUUUUAGAGAACAUGCACCGGGGCCUGCCCGACACGGGGUGGUCGGUCGAGCAGCUGCUGGCGCACUCUGCAGGGCGCAACGCAGAGCUGGUGGAUCGCGUGCGCAGGAGCCACCCGCGCGCGGCCGAGGUCUGGGAGCAGGGCGCCCAGGCGGAGGCCACUGGCUCGCUGGGGCCCGCCUGGCCUGUUGAGCAGUUCCAGAGCGGCGCUGGCGGCGGGGCGGAUGUCGCUUUCUGCGGCAAGUUCGCCGUCUGCCAAAAACGGUGGUCGGAGGACGAGUCCGGCCAGGCGUCCUGUUCCACGGAAAUCAGGGCGUGCGCCGACGCAUCCGACUCGCCAGGCGGUUGCUGCUUUAAUUUAAUUUGGGCGGCGGCCGAGCGCAUAGUGUGUUCAGACAGCGAGGUGAUUCUUGCACGGAUGGUCGCCUCGCAGAGAGCUUUCGGCGUGCCCCCAGUGGGGUGCAAAGAUGAUUUUUUACGCGAAGCUUACCACCAGGUCGGGCGCCGCCGCGACCCGGUCAGGGUGGCGCAACUUUUCUGGCACCCUCGCGACAAAUGCGUGGUCGGCCGGGAGCUGCUGUCCCAGGACUUCGGCACAGGUGGUGCAGUAACCAACUCAAACGUUGUUUUUCGGAGUCUCCGGGAUAUGUUUAACCGGCGGUUUUACAUUAAUGCCGAUAACUACCUCGACGACUUCUGGUCGUGGGAGCCGCCCUUUUGCGCAGCGUCUGCCCGGUUUGUCACCAGAGAGGUGCUUAAGGUCCUCGAGUACGGCACUAACGAGGCUAAGGCCACGCAUGGCCUCACGAUCCCUUUGUUGGGGCUGGUUUUUAGUUCUCGCGCAGAGGGCCCCCUCGUCGGCAACCCCAGUUGCAGGCAGGGGCCGCUAGCUUUGGAGCGUGAGGACCUGGCGCGCAGCCGCCCGCAGGCGGGCCCAGCGUCCACUUGCAUAGGGAAAUUAGUUUUUGCGUCGCGGGGCCUUCAGGGCAAGGCCGGCGCGCGCGCCAGGCGUCCACUGUUCGAGGCUUUAGGGAAAAUCGAAGCCAUCCAAAGGACGGGCUCCUGGCCGCCUCAGGUGCAAGUUCCCCUACACCUCUGGGCGGAGCUGCUCAGGCGGGGGCCCCCACGCGCAGUGCCCCUGGCGCCCGCUGGAGCCCCAGUCGCUGUGCUGUAUGGCGACGCCGCCAUGAGCGCGAGCAGAGGCGCCGCUACGUUGGCCAUCCCAGC